CUCCAUCCUCGCCGUCUUUGCAUCCUCGCAUCCUAAAAAGGACGUAGGAGACAGCUGUGCUCGCGGAGAAGCCGGUCUUUCUCGGCUGCUCUUGUGAGUCUCGGAUUUCUCUCUGCAGUUCACGUAUGCAUUUCUGAUUGAUCCUUCGUCAGCAGCUCGAGACUGGAGAGUCACUGGAGCGUUUUUUCCCUUGGCCACAAGAUGCGCAGAACCGUUUCCACGCCUGUCUUGUGUGCCUCCGUCUGUGUUGUCUUGGUCUCUGUCGCGCUUCUGCAUGCAACUCCAGUCUCCUCGUCUUGCCUUUUUUCUCGAUUUCCCUCCCGCGCAGUUGUCGAGUCGCGCGUUCAGUCUUGUCUGCCAGGCGCAGGACGCGAAGUUUCUCGUCUGCUGGACUCGGGCGUUCCUGCAAGUGCUCCGCUGCGGCGAUUGCAGCCUCGCGACGCGCGUCUCUCUCGGCCUUUUUUGACACUCCCUUCUUCUUCUUCCUCGAGUCUCUUGUCUUCCUCUCUCUCUCCUCGGGUCUCGUCUUCCAGGAAUCGGCUUCUUCCCGCAGCUUGGCUGUCGGUUCUUCGCGGGUGCAUGCGCGCGGUGUCGCGGACUCGUACCUCAGAGGGACAGCCGUUCCUCCUCCCUUUGCCGUUCUCGACGUUCCUUCGUCUGCACUUCCUCACGACUCUUUUGUCUUUCACUGCUCUCGGCUUCAACGCCUUUCUUUCCUCGCGUCGCCUCGUGCUCCUCCCCUCGCUGCCGCGCGCCUGCCUGCAACUUCUGAACGGAAACAACCAGCUCCACGUCUUUCUCAGGAGUGUAUGCACACCCGACCUGCCCGCCCUGCAAGCGACGGUGAGUGGGCCGUUCUUCGAGGAGCUCCAGUUCCGCUUUCUCCUGCAGAACUGUCUUCUCUCGCCGCUGCUGGCAGCAGUCGGCUCUUCUUGGCUGUCAGUUGCUGCUGGCCCAGGCUGUCGUCGCCUGUCGCCUGUGAAACUCGAGGACGGAGAGACGACGGUCCGGAGAGAUGGUCAGGGUGCAAGUUCCCCCUCAGACGCAACUGCGAGUUCGAAAGAAAACGCAGAGUCGACGCAUCCGGAGGCGAGGAAGCGGAGACUCGGCUCUGUGGAGGGGAGUUCUCUCCGCGAAAAGCUUGCGCGCGUUUUGCGAUGCGCGAGACUCGUGGAGACCCGAGAAAGAUUUUUUCGGGAUGUUUCCGGAGCGAACAGUUCGGAGAAAGACUUGCGCGCUGGCUGCCAACAGCAGCUUCUCCAGGAACGUCGAGAAGGAUCUUCACCUCGUUGUCGAGUUGAACAGACUCUCCGAAUCGCCAUAACAUCCAUCCUCUUCGCGCUGGCUCACUAUGUUCCCCCCUCCGUUGCGUCUCCCGUCCGCCGUCAAUUCCGGCGCGCCGUCGCGAAACAGAGGACGCGCCUCGGAUUUCCUCUCGAACCGUCCGGAGCGAAGCGCUUUUCCAUCGGUUCGGUGUCCUCUUUCUCUUCUCCCUCUGUAAAGCAGUGGAGCCCUCGGUCUGCCGCACAGUCUGCGGCUCCGGAUGCGGCUUCGUUUUCUUCUUCGACCGCGUUCACAUCGGUCCCUCUCGCUGAAGAAGAACUUUUUUCUGUCGAUUCACCCCAACGCCGAGUGGAAGACUGCGUGGCUGCGAACCGCAUUCUCACUGCCGCAGUGCAAGGCUGCGUCUGGAGUUACGCCGCGGAGAAAGGCGGUUUCGCAAGUGCUCUUCUGCUUCACAUUCUGCACAAUCUUCAACAAUUUCUUUUGGUCGCUGCGUUCCGCACUUUCGUUCGCAGACGGCAAGAACGACUUAGCGACGGGCGUUUGAAAGAGAGUCGCGUCCGUGAGAGGAUUUCUUCUCGACCUUAAGUUCCUCGCUGUUUCCGAAGAAACUCUUCGCAUCUGUGGCGGUGUAAGAAAGAUUCAGUCCCACAACCUCCGCGGAGAGACCGCUCGAGCGGCUCUGGGAGCUCGUCUCGACCGCGAGACAAGACUGGACGCGACGAUUGUCAGUGUUUUUCAGGAACGUCGUCCCCGGAGGCCUCAUCUCUCAGCAAUGUUUCUAGGUUUUCUGAGGAUACACGACGAAGUGGACUCCUGUGUCGGUCCCGCAGUCUUCGUUGUACUGAGUGUCAACAAAAGUCCCGCUUUGUGCUUGUCGCAGAGAAUGACCUCAGAACGAGCGAGACUAUGAAGCAAAUGCUUCUCCGCGUUUUUGAGGACCCUGGUCGACACAGAAGUUCCUCCACUGCUUCUGCAGCCUUGAAACGCACUGCAGAUGAAAGUGCAACGCAAGUUUUCUUCUCCAAACUCAGAGCUCUCGAAACGUUCCGGGGACAACGUAAAGAGGAGAAACGAAGUGUGUCAGGUCUUGUUAAACGGCAAGUCUGCGGCGUUUCCCACGCGCCAUCCGAUCGAGCCGAGUCCACGUUUCAGGACAAACUGCAGUUAAAUCUGUGUUGUGGCAGCGAACUAAUGGACUGCGUUAAAUCAAAGAUGUGAUUAGUGAAGUGAGAUUCCACGGUGACUCGACAAUCGAAAACGGUCUUUCUCGGUCAGUCUGAGAGGACAGCAAAGAGCGAAGAAAAUCGCGAUCGUCUCGCUGUGUCUUUGAAAUAAAAAAGCCGCAGAUACAGCAGUGUCUGCCCAAGGAGAUGAUCGACCCGUGAAGCCUAUUUAUUGAUACUCG